AUGUCUCCGAAAGCCGUCAUCUUCCUUGCAACUGUCUUCUUCGGCACGACAGCAGCUCUAAACUGCUCAUCUUCAAUUGGACCAUGCGUUUCUGGGAGCUGCAGCGGUCUCGGGCCGGUAGGAACUGUCUGCACCGCAGAUGGAUGCUGUGCCGGUCCUAAUCUUAUUGACGGUACCACGGGACGCGAGUUUAUUUGCACCGGAGGAUCUAUCGGACCCUGCCUUUCUGGAGCGUGCCCAAACGCCAGUGAUACAACUUGUGUCGGAGUACAGGUCGACGGCAUCGGCGAAUGCUGCCCUGGAGCUGCCAUUGCUGUGGUCACCACAACCAGUACCACUACACGAACCACGACAGCCACCUGCGUCGAUCUCCUCAAUCCGGUGACCGGAGUCUCGGAUUGCCCGAAACGAGCCUCGCUCUUGCCGGAAGACUUGCGGAUUCUGCUCUUCGACUUCCAGCUACUCGUCAAG